CCGCGAACUAGGGUCCCCGGACGGGCUCGCUCGGGGCAAAUUACCUACGUAACCCGUACGCCUCUGCUGCCCUCCUCCGUCGAGGUGGAUAGCGCCGUUGCGACACUGGAGGCGGGGUUGGCUUGGGCCGCCACACCACGGGAGGCCUUAAAAUCUGCGGCAGGACGUUGAAUACCCAGUGGUCCGGGGGCGAUUCCACCUGCAUGCUUGAAUUCCUUCGUUGCUGAGAACUUUCACUGCUUCACGCUCGUUACCUACACGACCAGCUUUGACGCGCACCCCCUGAACGAAAGGAACAACACAUUGAGCCAUGAAGUCCACGCUCGUCUUGCUUCUCUCGGCCCUGGCCGCCACCGCAGCCGCACAACAGCGACAGGACUACUUCCCAGAGUGCUCGAUGAAGUGCAUCGACGACGCCAUCAAGAAGGCCACCACCUGCUCGCUCGAGGACGCGGUCUGCAUGUGCGUCCAGAAGAACUACGAAGACAUUUACAACCAGGCCGUCAACUGCGUCUUGCAGGCAUGCGGGUCCAACGACGCAAUCUCCAAGGUUCUCCCCGCCGGCGGCAAGUUUUGCUCCGCCGUAACUGCCCAGGCGAAGACGCGAACGGCAUCGCCCACCGGCCCAGCUGCCAGUGGCUCUGCCGCCACCGCCACCGCCACCGGCAACGCAUCUGCGGCAACUACUACUUCGGCGACCGCGGCGACGGGGGCAGCAGCGAGCUCCACGUCCACCGGUGGAGCGGUCGCCACGGCCGGGCCGGCUCCGAUCGUUGCCCUUGUUGCAGCUGGACUGAUGGCGGCGUUGUAGUAAGAGAGAGUGGGUGGGCCUAUCGGUUUCGCGAUUGAUGAAGCAGGGGUUGUGAGCAAUAGAGUUCAAUCUCGAUCGAGGCACUGUCCAUCGGCGUCAUGCUGUACAGUAUACCCGUAAACAGAAAUUUGCUGUAGAAAGUUAGGGCCUAUCUUGCUCGUUGACAUCUGCCUGCACUGUGGAG